AUGGAUCCUUCGUAUAGGAACAAGAAGAUUCUCGACCUGAGCGAGGACGAGCUCAAUACCCUCGCCUUCCUAGGCCCAAACGUCGCUCCGGGCGUCCGAGUUAUGGUCGAUAAAGUGAGGGCCAACCCCACGCGCCUGGGCUGUACUUGGACCCGGCUGCCCUAUAAGACACUCCUGGCUCUCCUAUCUCUCCCACCAUCAUACUACAGCAUCUCUAGCAACCCUCCCAAGCUUAUGUGGCGUUCGGAUCUCAAGACCAACCCCUUUCCCAACCCCUCGCCUGGAGCCCACUUCUUCAAAGUCCCUACCAAGACUGCCCACAGUGUGUUCAAUAUGCUGCUGAACAAUGUCUAG